AUGGCUGUCCUUAAAGUCAAAUUCACCAAAACAAAGAGAGACAAAUUGGCUCAAAUCCUGUGGAUCUUCAACUGGAUGUCAGUGGUGUCUGGUGUGAUUCUUUUCAGCCUGGGACUCUUCCUGAAGAUAGAAAUCCGGAAGCGGAGUGAACUGAUGGCCAAAGGAGACAUUACCUCUGCCCCCAACAUGCUUAUCUCUGUAGGGGUCAUAGCAUGUAUCAUCAACUUCCUUGGAGGAAAAAUCUGUUACGAUGGCACAGACACUGACAAAUUUAAUCGAUGGAAGCUGGUUAUACUUCCAUACAUUGUAUGCACAUUCUGUUUCACCUUCUACAUCUUGGGUGGGGCUGUUUUGUGUUAUACCAUGAAGAAUGAGCUGGAGGAAUCUCUGAAUCUGGGACUGAGAGAUGCUAUUAAGUUCUACAAAGAUACAGAUAUACCUGGACGGUGCUAUUUAAAGAAAACUAUAGACAUAUUACAAAUUAAAUUCCAGUGCUGUGGAAACAAUGGUUUUAGGGACUGGUUUGAAAUUCAGUGGGUGUCAGUUCGCUAUCUGGAUAUGACUUCCAAGGAAGUUCUAGAUCGCCUGAAGAGUAACAUUGAUGGGAAGUUCUUGGUGGAUGGAGUGCCCUUUAGCUGCUGCAAUCCAAACUCCCCUCGGCCUUGUAUUCAAUACGAACUCACAAACAACAGUGCUCACUACAACUAUGAUUUUCUGACAGAAGACCUCAAUAUUUGGAUGAAAGGCUGCAGGGCAGCCCUACUGGAGUAUUACACUGACAUCAUGAAAUCCAUUGCUGUCAUGGUUUUCCUCAUCUGGUUGUUUGAGCUGUUUAUGCUUACUGGGGUCCGUUACCUUCAAACUGCAAUGAGGAAUGUUGUGCUGACGGGUGAUCCACAAUGUGACUCAGAUGGCUGGUUAUUUGAGAACAGCUUUGUAGAAACUGCCAAAUAUAAUAUCAACAUAAUUAAAAACCUUGGCAAAGUCAAUCAGAUAUCCACAGUCACAGGAACGACUGACCCCAACAUGGAUGUCCAAACUGCAAGCCAUGGUCCAGAGAACCUUCCAACAAAAUCCAUUCCAAAAGCUUAA